AUGACGGAAAUCAUCAAAGACGGCUAUCUUUCCGUCAAGGAAGAAGGUCUACGUGCGUGGAUUUGGUCAAAACGAUUUUGUGUGUUGCGCGAUCAGGCAUUGACUUUUCAUCGAAACGAGCAAUCAGGACAAUGUGUAGCACUCAUCUUUUUAAAAGAAAUCACAUCUGUAACACGUACAGAUCUAAAGCCUUAUUGUAUUGAGAUUGCCACAAAGGACAAGACAUAUUAUGUGGCGUGCAAAAGUGACGACGAGCUAUACUCUUGGAUGGAUGAGAUCUAUAAUAGAUCACCCUUGGGCGCUUCAGGUCCAACUAAUUUUGUGCACGAAGUCCAUGUUGGUUUUGAUCCCAUUUCUGGUGCUUUUACAGGUUUACCAGAUCAGUGGACACAGCUCUUGAAAGGAUCUGCCAUUACUGCAGAAGAUGCAGCUAAAAAUCCUCAAGCAGUUUUGGAUGUUCUUGAAUUCUAUACUGAACAAACAAAACGGGAUCAGGAGGACGACGAUUAUGGUAUGGAUCAUCAACAACAACAACAACAACGAUCCAGUGGUGAACGUUGGGCUGCCAUGAUGCACGAAAGUAAAAAAUCCGCUGCUGCUCCUUUGCCUACUCCGCAUCGCCCUGCUCCUCCAAGACCUGCACCUCCACCACCCGUCAGUCCUGCCACAAGACGUCCACAACCGCCAGAUAUUUCGGACUUGUCCAUCGGUAGCAGUGCUGGUGGUCCUGGUAGUGCGGGUGGUCCAAAAUCACCCAUUUCUCCUAGUUCACGUUCUCCUGGCGGUUAUCGAAACCAUCGUGAUCCACCUUCUUUACCCAAGUCAUCCUCAUCCAGUAAACCCUCUUAUCCUCGUCCCGAGCCUAGUAAAUCAUACGGCACAUCGCAUCACCAUUACCAUCACCAUCACCAACAGCAACAGCAACAACAUUCUUCAUCGUCUCAACGCACACCCGUACGUACUAGCAGCGCUACCACGUAUGAUGAUUCGAGAAUGAUGUAUGAGCGCGAAAAGGAACGCAUGAUGCGUGAGCGCGAACGUGAACGUGAACGCGAACGAGAAUUACGUGCGCGGGAACGUGAAAAGCAAAUGAUGCGCGAGCGUGAGAAAGAAAAGGAACGCGAACGUAUGCAACGUGAACGUGAAAAGGCAGCAGCGCAAGUGUCGACACCGGCGCCAAAGAAAAAGGUCGAACAGCGUAUCAGCACAAUGACAGAAGCACAAAUCAUGGAGAAAUUACGCUCGGUUGUCACGCGGGGUGAUCCGAAUGACAUGUACAAACGUAUUAAGCGUGUUGGUCAGGGUGCAUCGGGAUCGGUUUAUGUAGCUGCAUCACUUGCCACGAAUCAAAAAGUUGCUAUUAAACAGAUGGAUUUGGCGCAUCAGCCUCGCAAGGAAUUGAUUGUGAAUGAAAUCCUGGUCAUGAAGGAAUCGCAUCAUCGCAACAUUGUCAACUUUUUGGACUCUUUUCUUGUCAAGAAUAUGGAGUUGUGGGUAGUGAUGGAAUACAUGGAAGGAGGUGCAUUGACCGAUGUCAUUGAUCACAACACCAUGACUGAGCAACAAAUUGCUACUGUUUGUCUCGAGACAACUGCCGGCCUCCAUCAUUUGCAUUCUCGCAACAUCAUCCACCGUGAUAUCAAAUCCGACAAUAUCUUGUUAAACGCCCUAGGACACGUCAAGAUCAGUGACUUUGGAUUUUGCGCCAAACUGACGGAUCAAAAGACCAAACGAGCGACGAUGGUUGGCACACCGUAUUGGAUGGCACCCGAGGUGGUGAAACAAAAGGAGUAUGGUGAAAAGGUUGACAUUUGGUCAUUGGGUAUCAUGGCCAUUGAAAUGAUUGAAAACGAACCACCGUAUCUGGACGAAGAGCCACUCAAGGCGUUGUAUUUGAUUGCCACCAAUGGCACACCCACACUCAAGGCACCCGAGAAAUUGUCGCGCGAACUGAAAGGGUUUUUGGCAGUGUGUCUUUGUGUGGAUGUUCGUUCGCGUGCUACCGCGGGUGAGCUUUUGGACCAUGAAUUCUUAAACAAGGCCGGCCCUUUGGAAAUCUUGGCUCCUUUGCUCAAAUUCAAAUCUAAAAGCCACUAA